CGGAGGGCAUCCGCGCUGCAGUGCUCGUGAAUGAUAUGGCCGCCCUCAAUAUCGACGAGGCGCUCAUCUCCUCCAGAGUCCACCUAGCCGGUGAGCAGCUGGUGGCGCUGUCCAACGGCUGCAUCUGUUGCUCCAUUCGGGAGGACCUGGUGCGGGAGAUCCGCGCACUGGCAGAACAGUUCGAGGACGAAGAGGAGGAAGAAAAUGAAAAUGAAGCAAAAGGAAAAGCCCUGGAAGCAGCCGCAGCAGCAGCACCAGCGGCAGCAGCAGCGAUUACCAGCUUCGCGGCGGCGGGUGGUCUCGUGACCCAUGGGUCGGAGGGGCUGCCGCAGACAUUGGGACAACAGCAUCCGCAGCCGCAAGGUCGGCAGCAGGGAGGGCGGCGAAGGCGGCGGCGGUUCGACUUGUUGGUGGUGGAGUCUACGGGAAUCUCGCUGCCGCUGCCGGUGGCGGCUACAUUCGACUUUGAGGACGAGGCGGGUCGCAGUCUGGGUCAGGUGGCUCGGCUGGACACGCUGGUGACCGUGGUGGACUCCCAGCGCUUCGUGUCCUCGGUGCUGGCGACCGAGUCGCUGGCGGAGCGGGGGCUGGCGGCGGACGAGGCGGACGACCGCACCGUUGCGGACCUGCUGGUGGAGCAGGUGGGGUAAAGAGGAAACAACUAACUGACUGAGGGAUAAGGCGUCAAACACCGUACCAAACCAUAGGGAACCCACAGGUUGGGGCAAAAUAAUCGUUAGCGGUAGGGUGCCAUGAAAGAGAAAAGAAGGGGCGGGAAAAGAGUAAUGGGCUGCUUUAACCAUGUAACAGGGCUCCGCCAUGGGUGGGUGCAUAGAGCACGUGGGAGGAGGUAACGUGGCGUAAUGCGCUGGGGCUGCGUCGAGCUAGCCGCACAGGACGAGCGGCUGGUGCAUGAUAGUACCGGUGGAGUUUGCGGAUGUGAUCGUUAUGAACAAGACGGACCUGGUUUCGGAGCAGCAGGCGGAGCAGCUGGCGGCACUGCUGCGGCAACUCAACUCAACGGCCAAGAUCAUCCGGACGUCCCACGGUGCCGUGGCCCCCUCCCACAUCCUCAACACACGCUCCUUCGACAUGGCCUCGGCGCAGCAGUCCGCAGGGUGGGUGUCGCUUCUUAACGAGUUUGAGUCGGAGCGGCUCGCGGCGCUGCAGGAGGAGGAGGAGAGGGCGGAAGGGGAGGAGGCGGAGUCCUCGGCCCAAACCAGCUCCUCCUCCGAUGAUGCACGCGCAGGCGCCUCGCCCCAAGCGCAAGGUCUGGACUCCCAUCACCACGACUGCUGCUGUCAAGACGCCAGCAACAAACACCAGGAGCAAAGCCUUGCAGGGCCACACCUCCAUCACGACCACCACCCCCAUGACUGCCACCAUGACCACCACCAUCAUCACCACCAAGCUCACAGCGGCGAACACAGCGACGACUGUGACAGCAGCAGCGGAGGCUGCGGCGGCGGCAACGGGACUUCUAACCAUAACCACCAGCACCGGCAUCACCACCACCACCACCCGCACCGUGCAACGGAGGCGGAAAAGUACGGCAUUCGUUCGUUUGUGUACUACGCGCGGCGGCCCUUCCACCCGCAGCGCCUGCUGGAGUGUGCGCUCAGCCGGCAGUGGGAGAGCGUGCUGAGGACAAAGGGUUUCUUCUGGCUGGCCACCCGGCACGAUGUCAUGGGCAUCUGGCAGUCAGCGGGGGGCGCAUGGCAGAGCGAGCCGGGUGCGCCCUGGGCGUGCCUACUGCCCGAGUCGGAGCGACCCACGGGUCAGGACGCCGCCGGCUGGCACCCCCUGUGGGGUGACCGCUGCCAGCAGCUGGUGUGGAUCGGGCUGCAGCCCGCCAUGGACGAGGCGGGUCUGCGGGCCAUGCUGGACGAGUGCCUCUUGACGGAUGAGGAGAUGGCACUGGGGCCGGAGGGCUGGGUGGAGCAGUUGGAGGAUCCGUUGCCGGUGUGGGUGGUAGAGGGGGAGGAGGAAGGGGAGGGAGAAGAGGAGGAAGGGGAGGGAGAGGAGGAGGAGGAAGGAUUGGAUGAGGAGGAAGAGGGGGGUGAGGCGUGAGGAGGACGAAAGGAGAG